CAUGAGAGGACGCGUGAAUGCAGCGAUAUGACUGGCAGCCUGUCGCGUAUGCGUGUAAGCAACUUCCAAAUAAGCCAUUUGAAAGAUAGUAUUUGCUGGUGUAUUAUAUUUGUCUUCAUAUGAUAGCCUAUUCUACGUGUUAUUUAGCAAAAACGUCCAUCCUUUUGGUUCCCCACCCCCUUCCUGAUUGGAUCGGAUUAUUUACAACGUUAGCGGUGGAGUUUGAAUGCAUCCAAACACUUGGCAAGUUUGAACACCUACCUUUUGUUAUAUAAACACAUAAAAGGCCAAGUGUUAAAUAAUGUUCUUUCGUGUUGUGGUCCUAAAACAGGCGGCGUUGAGCAAACUUGGCUUUAUGUAAACUCUGGGCAGUGAGUAAGCUACAGGAACAUCACAUUGCUAGCCAGCAGACUGUGUUCUGCGCAUGCGUAGACCUACGGUACACCUGUAGGGUCAAUACUAUCAUUAGUGUCCACAGUCCAAAUGUUCCAAGUAUUGGACUUAUUUAGCCUUUGUAUUACAUUGGUCCCUCGUUUAUAGCGGCUAGUUUGUUCCAGACCCGACUGCUUUCAAGGAUUCAUUGUUAAUAAGUAGAAUAUUUUUGUGGUUGGAGCAUAGAAAGCCUGUUUAUGACUUUGUAAAUCUGACUUUUAAACAUCAUUAGAGCCUGGUAGACAUGAAAUAACACCCCUAUAGUCACAUUUACACUCCUAUUAUUCAUUGUUUACACCACAUUGCAAGCGAGCUAACCGGUUAGCCUCAAAUGUAGUUUUUCUAAACUUAAGAAGCCAAAAACAGAAUACCACCAAAUACCCAUCAUUUAUUAAUAGCGGCGUCAAGAUGAGACGAUUCACGAGAACGAGACAAGCUUCGCAUGUUAGCUAAUUUAUAAAUACCGACUUGGCAUGAUUUAGGGACACUUUUGUUGCUGCUAUCUUGCAAGGUGAUAGCAUGCCAACUGUUAGCAUUUUAGCUAAUUACCUCAUGUUUAAAUGCCAAUACACACAUGGCAUGAUGUAGGGACACUAUAGAAUUGCUUGGGCACUUUCUGUACAGAGUGCUAUCUUGCUAGGUGCUGGCAUGCUAACUGUUAGAAUUUUAGCUAAUUUUCUCAUGACUAAAUACAUGUACUGGUAGAGACAAGGCAUGACGGGCCGACACUAUAGGACAGCCUCGGUGCUUUUGAUACAGUGUGGUAUCUUGGUAGAAUGCUAACUGUUAGCAUGUUACAAUUUUAGCUAAUUUCCUCAUGCUUAAAUGCACAUAUAGACAAGGUAUGAUGUAUGGACACCAGAGGACCGCCUUGGUGCUUUUGGUACAGAGCGCUGUCUUGCUAGGUACUAGCAUGCUAACUGUGAACAUUUUAGCAUUUUAGCUCAUUUCUAACUGCAAAUAGACUUGGCAGGAUACAGGGACACUAUAGGACUGCCUGGGCACUUUUGGUACUGAGUGCUGUUUUGCAAGGUGCUGGCAUGCUCACUGUUAGCGUUUUGGAUCAUUUUCUCAUGUCUACAUGGCAGUGCUUGCUGGCAUGGCACAGCAUGCUAGCAAACACCGGGUCAGUGGCUUAAAAAAGCGUUUUUAAAAAGUGAUUUUGUUCCUGCUGGUCGUGGUCAGCUGAGCCGUAAAAGUGGUUAAGCCGAGCGGAAGUAGCUUUUUGUUGUGUGUUUUGGGGCUUUCGCGUCACAGGGAGCUGAGUUUACACCUGCAGAAGCCCCCCGCCCCCAUGGGGAAGAAGAUGCUUACCUGGCCUGGCGGAGGAGGCUGGGACCACCACGGUCGCUAGCAAAAGCAGGAGCAAGAUGCUCUCUGCUCUUUCUCCUGGGUAUGAAUCCAGGGCGGCCCCCUCCCCACCAAAGCUGUGCAGUGUGUCCCAGGAGCGUCCACGGUGUUGUCCAGUGGGGAUCGUCUCCGUGACUUGAGAGCAAAGUGACAAAGGCCAGCAGAGGAACCGUCAAAGCCAGCGCCAACUUCAACGCCAGCACGGAUGCUGAAAGCCUGUACAAGUCCAUGAAAGGCCUCGGCACCGACGAGGACGCCAUCCUGCAGCUGCUGACCUCCCGCAGCAACGCCCAGCGCCAGGAGAUCUCCUCGGCCUACAAGACUCUCUUUGGAAAGGAUCUGAUCCACGACCUCAAGGGGGAGCUGGGGGGCAACUUCGAGACGCUCAUCGUGGCGCUGAUGACCCCGCCCGUCGCCUAUGAUGUGACGUCGCUCCGCAACGCCGUCAAGGGGGCAGGAACCAACAAGAAGGUGCUGGUGGAGAUCCUGGCCUCUAGAACCGCCCAGCAGGUGAAGAACAUCGUCGCUGCCUAUAGGCAAGAGUAUGAUGACGACCUGGAAGAGGACGUUGCAGGAGACACCUCAGGUCACUUCAAGAGACUUCUGGUCAUCCUGCUCCAGGCCAACAGGCAGACUGGGAUCCAGGAGGGAAACAUCCAGACUGACGCUCAGGUCCUCUUCAAGGCCGGCGAGCAGAAGUAUGGCACCGAUGAGCAAACGUUCGUCACCAUCCUGGGAAACCGCAGCGCCGAGCAUCUCCGGAAAGUGUUUGAGGCGUACAUGAAGCUGUCCGGCUACGAGAUGGAGGAGAGCAUCAAGAGGGAGACGUCCGGAAGCCUCAGAGCAUUGCUGCUGGCCGUCGUCAAGUGUGCCAGGAGCGUUCCAGCCUAUUUUGCUGAGACUCUCUACUACGCCAUGAAGGGUGCAGGAACGGACGACAACACUCUGAUCCGUGUGAUGGCCACUCGUAGUGAGGUGGACAUGUUGGACAUCAGAGCUGAGUUCAGGAGGAUGUUUGCAUGCUCCCUCCACUCAAUGAUCAAGGGUGACACCGGUGGUGACUACCGCAAGGCCUUACUGCUUCUCUGUGGCGGGGAUGACACGUAACCACGACAACAGCGGAGCCUCCACCCCCCCACAGCGUCGGGAGACCGGCGCCAUUAUCUCGUACGAAGUCAAUUACCGCAACAGAAGUUUGUUUUUGAAACCAGGAUCCCAAUUAACGUCUUUGAGAGGUAGCUAACAUUUCACUCUUUGCUCCACUAAUCAUGUCUUUAAUGAUUCCAUCACACGUUUGUCUUUGCACGGAGCCAAUUAACUCAAUAAUAAACAUUUCAAUGGAUGAAGUACAAAUCUACUUUCUUUGUUGGA